UCUUACGGAGAAGCCAGGCUAAUCGGACUGCCCAGUAUCCUGUCAAGCAUUUGAUGACCAUACCAGUCGAGCGAGGUAAAGAGGACGAUUCUGUCCAAGAUGCAUUGCUUCGACUUGACCGCAUGGAGGCGCGCGGUGAACUCUGGAUCCAGGACGCCGUUCUUGACGUAGGCGAUGACGUCAGGCUCGUCGACAUGGGAACGGGAGAACUGCUGGAGAAUCUCGAUCCCAGGUACAUCCAGAUGAACCGUUCGGCACGUGGUCCCGGUAGCCUGUCCGACCUGCUCAUGCUGGUGUACCAGAACCCGGACACCAGGAGGGAAGAGCUGUUCGUCUUCCAGUGCGACGAGUAUCCUUCAGACGCGCUCAACAACGAGCUCUCCAAAGCGAUGGAGAGACAGGACUUGAACGGCUACGACAUGGCACCCCUACGGAACUCCCUGCCAGUCAUGCCAGCUCGUGCACCCUCCGUACGGGACGACGACCUCUCCCCGCUCUCCCUCUCGGGUCCGCCCGCCGCCAUCAUCCCUUACUACCCUCCGCCCCGGCCCACGGAGACAAGCUACGUUUCUAAAAGCUUCGGACAUCCGGUUUCUGCCGUGUCGCAACCCUACGUCACCCAACCCGCGGCGGAUCCACCAAUCCCCGUGCAGGACGUGUCCCAUCAGUACCGUUACUAUGACGACGCCAACAAGGAGAUUGUGAACGUUGUGCACUUGGACUCCGCGCCGAAGGCGAAAAACAAGGACGAGUUCCUGACGGACCGUUACGUCGACAUUUUGAAUCACGUCAUCGAUGAGAUCGAGGAGUUCUCCUUAGAUCUGGAUUCCCAGAUGGUGUACAUGCAGCGGCCGGAGGUGGCGGCUCCGUACGGCCGCGGGAGGAGUAAGAAGAGGAGAAAGGGGAAGGGACAGGUCCAGUACUUCACACCGCCACCCGCCAUCACAUCGAACCACAACAGUAGUGAUUACGCUGACGUCCUGGGAAAGUUCAAGUACGCCUUCAACCUGGCCACUCGAGUCAGAGCCUAUAUCAGGAACCCAAACGCCGCUGAGCUGAUCCACAUGCUGUUCGGGAUGUUACGGCGCGUGGUGCAGACGUGUCCCGACCCGGACCUCCCCCGGCAGGUGGUCUCUCCCCUGCUGACGUUAGACGCCGUCAGACUCAUCCCAACCGCCACCGUCACCGAGGACGUCACCUUCUGGAGAUCACUCGGACCUGCCUGGACAACGCCCAGGGAAGAAUGGCCAUACGAUGAGUACGUUCCUCCGUACCUGCCGAGGUUCCGGGACGGCUGGGCUCCCGCGCAGGUCGCUGAUGAGAUCAACCUGCCGAUCCACCCGGACCUGCCGUCCGUGGGAGCCACGCACACCGCCAGGGUCGUCCCGAAGGCAGCCGAAAGCAGCAUGCAGCGACCACCCUCCCUGGACAGACUGGACCAGCUUGACGCCCAGCCGGAACAGUUGCCUGUCGCUGAACCGGUAAGUACAGUCUGUGUUACUUGUGGAGUUACGUCUGUGUCCAGACGUUGUCCUCAAAAGAACGACCCGAUAGAUUUGUUCCAGAAAAAUUCAUUACUUAGCAGUCUGAUGCUGUUUAUGCAAUAUCGAGAGGAUGCGACGGCGCCGAGCGUCAGAAGCCACAGAGCGUUCCGGAAAGACCGAAAAAUUGACGUACACCGCACCGCAGGUACCCCCGCCGCCCGUCAGCCCACCCCCGCUACCACCGCCGUCACAGGCAUAGAACCUAGGGAUAAAACUAACACAAGGGCCUAUUGUAUUGACUGUCUUCAGUACCAUAACACCAAGCUACUCGCAAUGGAAAAGUCCUGCUGUUGCUUUCAGCUUGAACGCAGUUACUGUAGUGUUAGCCAUAUCCAAUGGCAUUUCCCUUUCAUGGAGCUCGGUUUAAGGAAAACUGGCAUGUUUCCCCCCGUAGAUGUUAUAUUUGUAAAGAACUACAUAGUUGCUAAAUGUGUGUUGUGUCGUUUUGUGUGUAUACAGUCUACAGAGGAACAUGUGUUUCAGUUUGAACAGAACGGCUAUCGGCUGGAGGAUGACCAGACAUCCAUGGCCACGACCACCACAAACAGGUACCGUUCCGUCUCCGCCUCCAGACACGGCUCCCGCCACGGGUCCCGGCACGGCACACGCGGACCCCACUGCAAGGCGCGGGUGUCGUUCGACGCGCGCAACUCGCACGAGCUCAGCAUCACCAAGGGGGAGAAGCUGGAGAUCAGAGACGCGUCACGACAGCGCUGGUGGCGCGUGCGCAACAGGGCCGGAGACGAGGGCUUCGUGCCGUCAAGUUUCAUCGAUCUGGGAGAUGGGACGAGUAGAUCUUGUCCCCGGGUGCCACAAGAAGCCGUCAGUGUACGAUCCCGCCGACGAUCCAAAAGCAGAAACGAACGGUCGAGAUCACGGGAGGGAUCAUCGAGGCGACGGUCAAGGUCGUCGAAAUCGCGGGCGGGGUCGUCGGGACGUAGAUCGAGAAGCAGGGGGACUCAGGUUGGAGAGCCAGGACCUGUGACCCAGGAGGUCGACGACCCCAGGGACAUGAACUAUGACCCUGGUGACCUUACCGACGACUCCAGCCCUGAAGACGUGCGCCUCUGGCUGAAGAAGAACGGCUUCAGUCGUAACGCCAUGGACUACCUCGGGGUGCUGACGGGGAACCAACUCUUCAGCCUCACCAAAGCGGAGCUGCAGCUGGUGUGCGGGGAGGAAGGCGGGAAGGUUUAUGAGGCCAAGACGAAAAUAAUGGGCAGCAAGAGCAGACGUUGACAGACCACAGUUGUCUCUAGUCACAAGUAUGCAAAUAAGCAUCGCAUUAAUUUGCAUAUUUGUGAUAUGUAAAUUAGGAUAU